UUGUGUUCUGCUCCUCGUCGCGACAUCAUCAUCUAGGUGUACACGUAUACUGUCAACUCGAGCAGCUCUUCUUUCCAGCUCUUUUGACUUUUGCUGCCUGCGUAGUCUUGUUUACCAUCGCCAUCACUACAGAACAGUAGAAACAAAAAGAAAACGAUCCAAAAUGUCGUCCAGAAAAACAGCAGGUCGUCGUGCUACUACCAAGAAGCGUGCUCAGCGCGCCACUUCCAAUGUUUUUGCAAUGUUCGACCAGGCACAAAUUGCCGAAUUCAAAGAAGCAUUCAACAUGAUUGAUCACAACCACGAUGGUUUCAUAGACAAAGAAGAUCUUCACGAUAUGCUUGCUUCUUUGGGUAAAAAUCCCACUGAGGAUUAUUUGGAAGCCAUGAUGAAUGAAGCUCCAGGACCUAUCAACUUUACCAUGUUUCUGACACUUUUUGGAGAGAGAUUGCAAGGCACUGAUCCAGAGGAUGUGAUAAAAAAUGCAUUUGGUUGCUUUGAUGAGGAAAACAAUGGUGUUAUUGGUGAAGAGCGUCUGAGAGAACUUCUUACGACUAUGGGUGACAGGUUCACCGAUGACGAUGUUGAUGAAAUGUACAGAGAAGCACCUAUUAAGAACACAAUGUUUGACUAUCUUGAAUUCACAAGAAUCUUAAAGCAUGGAGCCAAGGAUAAAGAUGAGCAAUGAAAUCACAAAACGCACAUUGUAUAGGGUCUGCUCUAAGUUUGUAAAGUCACUUGCAGUAAAAGAGUUGUAAAACCCUUUUUAUCCAUCCAAGAUAGAAAAGGUUGGUCAAGUUGCAUUACCCAUUAACUAACAGUCAACAAAUGUAAGCUUUUUUUAUUUAAAGGCUACAUAUCAUUUCUAAACCCAUGCAGAAAAACCUUUUCCACUUGAGUAGUUUUUUCUGUAGUUCAUUUUAUUGCAUUUUUACUUAAAUACUACUUUACUCUCCUUUUUAUUUUUAAAAAAAGAAAAAAAACGUAUUCUUAAAGUGCCUAUUAAUUGUAAAACAAAACGAGUAUGAAAAUUAUUGCGUUGAUUGGUUUCAAUUCCACUCUUGACAAGCAUUUUGAAACUGCAUUGGCGUUUGUAAUAUUAAAUAUUGUUGGCUACAGAACAGUAUGUAAAAUACGGAUAUUUCUACAUUUACAAUUUGUUUGUCGAAAAAAGGCGGCAUUUGUAUUUUAAUACAUAUAAUAUAUUAUAA